UUUCGCACGGAUAGCGUCGGGCUGGGACUAUUCGCGGCGAUGGCGACGAUGAAGAACUCUGAUCGGCGGCUCCUGACCUGGGCGCAGUGAAACUGGCUUCGGCUUGGAUAUGACUAAUGUUUAUUUGAUCCGGUGUUUUUCAUUGUUGAUUGGCUGCACUGAUCUUCGACUGAACCGUUGGCUUUAAGGCUCCCGUCUCGCCCGUCCGCUGUGAGUCUGCCGGUGGCUGUUCUGCUCAGCAGAGGCCUCCGCGUCGGGGUCCGCCCUCCAUCUCACAACAACAACAAAACCUCUCCGAUUUCCAUGCCCAACCACUAAACCCUUGAGGACAGGAUUGCGAGACAUCCUCGUCUGUUGCUUACUACUUGUGCCUGGGUUUCAGUCCCAGGGUAGAGCUUCUGUGUCUGAAGACCCCACUCCUACCUGGGGACCAUGGAGGAGGAGGGGCAGCAGAGCCUGGAGUGCGUCCAGGCCAACCAGUUCUUCCCCAAGAAGUCCCCUGUCCUGGAGGAAGAGAACAUGCAGGUUCCCUUCUCCCAGCUGCAUGGUGAGUUCACGGAGUAUGUGGGGAGAGCGGAGGACGCCAUCAUCGCCAUGUCCAACUACCGGCUCCAUAUCAAGUUCAAGGAGUCUGUGGUCAAUAUGAGUUGUUGUUGUGAGGUGUCUGUGCCUCUGCAGCUGAUUGAGAACGUGGAGUGCCGGGACAUCUUCCAGCUGCACGUCACCUGUAAGGACUGUAAGGUGGUCAGGUGCCAGUUCUCCACCCUAGAGCAGUGCCAGGAGUGGCUGAAGCGGCUGAGUGCGGCGGGACGGCCCCCAUCCAGCCUGGAGCACCUCUUCUCUUUCGCCUUCCACGCCUGGUGCAUGGACGUCUACGCCGGGGAGAAGGAGCAGCACGGCGAGCUCUGCAGGCCAGGCGAACACGUGACGUCCUGGUUCAAGAACGAGGUGGAGCGGAUGGGCUUCGACACCCAGAACGCCUGGAGGAUAUCAGACAUCAACAGUAGAUUCAGGCUGUGCUCCAGCUACCCCCAGCAGCUGCUGGUCCCAGCCUGGAUCACCGACAAGGAGCUGGAGAAUGUGGCCGCGUUCCGGUCGUGGAAGAGGUUUCCAGCUGUGGUGUACAGGCACGUGACCACGGGGGCGGUGAUCGCUCGCUGUGGCCAGCCUGAGGUGAGCUGGUGGGGCUGGAGGAAUGCAGACGACGAGCACCUGGUGCAGUCCAUCGCCAAGGCAUGCGCCGUGGACGGCAUCAGCCGCAAGCAUCAGGCCAACGGCGGCCACAGCAACGGCAACGCACUGCACGAUACGGACUUCGAGUCGUCCCUGACCAACAACUCUGAGGUGGAGACGCUGGCCAUCCAGCCCCACAAGCUGCUGAUCCUGGACGCCCGGUCCUACGCCGCCGCCGUGGCCAACCGCGCCAAGGGGGGAGGCUGCGAGUGCCCAGAGUACUACCCCAACUGUGAGGUGGUAUUCAUGGGCAUGGCCAACAUCCACUCCAUUCGCAAGAGUUUCCAGUCCCUACGUUUUCUCUGCACCCAGAUGCCUGAUCCAGCCAACUGGCUGUCGGCCCUGGAGAGCACCAAGUGGCUGCAGCACCUGUCCCUGCUGCUGAAGGCGGCGCUGCUGGCGGUCAACGCCGUGCACCGCGACCACCGGCCCGCCAUGGUGCACUGCUCCGACGGCUGGGAUCGCACACCCCAGAUCGUGGCGCUCUCCAAGAUGCUCCUGGACCCGUACUACCGCACCAUCGAGGGCUUCCAGGUCCUGGUGGAGACGGACUGGCUGGACUUCGGCCACAAGUUCGCCGACCGCUGCGGCCACGGGGAGAACUCUGAGGACGUGAACGAGCGCUGCCCGGUCUUCCUGCAGUGGCUGGACUGCGUGCACCAGCUGCAGAGGCAGUUCCCCUGCUCCUUCGAGUUCAACGAGGCCUUCCUGGUGAAGCUGGUGCAGCACGCCUACUCGUGUCUGUUCGGCACGUUCCUGUGCAACAGCGGCAAGGAGCGGGAGGACCGCCACGUGCAGGAGAGGACCUGCUCCGUCUGGUCCCUGCUGCGCAGCGGCAACCGCGCCCUGUGCAACAUGCUCUACUCCUCGCAGUCCGAGACGGUGCUGCACCCGGUGUGCCACGUGCGUAACCUGAUGCUCUGGACGGCCGUCUACCUGCCCAGCUCCUCCCCCACGACGCCCAGCGACGACUCGUGCGCGCAUUACCCUGCGCCCGGCUCCAGCCCGGAGGAAGCGACUCUCGGAAGACGCCCCAAGACCCGCUCCUUCGACAACCUGCCCAGCGCCUGCGAGCUCGGCAGCAUGGCUGCCCCCAACCGUCGCUCCAGCGACCCCAGCCUCAACGAGAAGUGGCAGGACCACCGGCGCUCCCUGGAGCUCAGCUGCGUCACCGCGGGGCCCGGCGGCGGAGCGGGGGGCCCGGAGGACCCGGAGGACCGGGCCGACGGUCCGAUGUACGCGGACACGGCCGAACCCGAGCCCCGGCCGGAGGAGCGGGGACCCAGGCCGCAGCGGCCGCAGUCGCCCGGCGUCCCGCCGGCGGGGCCCCCGGAGCGGCAGGAGGCGGAGCUGUCGGUGGCGCCGGGCGUGGCGGAGGGCCAGAUGGAGAACAUCCUGCGAGAGGCCACCAAGGAGGAGGUGGCGGCGGCGGUGGCGGCGGCCGUCCACAGAGAGAGGGGCGUGGCUCAGGUCGUCUCCAACGGAGACACAGACACGGGGAAAGGUAUAGAAAGUGUAGAGAGCGACGAGAAGCGUGCGGAGGUUGAUGGCGGAACGGAGAGUCAGAGUGAGCCGCUGUGCAACGGCCAUCCUGAAGAGGACGUGGCGCCGGCGUCGGCAGCGGAGGGGGGUUUCCCAGGCGUCCCUCCCCUCCCUGCCAGCACGUCAGAGGAAACGGACCGGAUGCAGCAGAGCCUGGAGGCUGACGUGGGUAGGAUCUUAGAAGAGCUGGUCAAGCAGGUGAUGGACGGUUGGACUGAGCCCCAGCCACAGGGGCAGUCGGCGUGGCCCCUUGAGCCAGAGGACGCUGCAUCCCACAGAACUCACACCAACGGCUGCCUUGUUGGCACCUCGGUCGAGCCGGGGCUCAGCUGUCACUGUGGCGAGCCCCCAAAGCCCCUGGCGCCGGCCAAUAAGACUGCGUCUCUCAUGGAGAGCUCCACCGAGACUCUGACGGACGAGACUUGCGGUCCGCUGGAGCCAGCGGCGCCGUCGCCGCCCGGCCCCCAGACCAGCAGACCCCUGCCCCCGCCCGCCAGGACGAACGGCCUGGAGGCCAGGCAGCUGCCGGCGGUCGCCAGGACUCCCAGCGGGGCCCACAAGCGGCCCUCCCUCAGUGCCUUCCAGUCCACCAACGGCGAGGGGCUGUGCAACGGCGAGGAGCCCUGCAACGGGGCCCCCGCCUGGGCCAAGGCGGCCGCCGAGCGGGGCCCGCUGAGCCGGCAGGCCUCUCUGGCCAGCGGCGGCUCCCUGGGCCCGCAGCCCCGCGGCUUCUGCCCGCACCGCUGCACCCACAUGCCCGCGGGCCGCCCGGCCGGCGGCCCCGAGCAGCAGUCCCGCCUGCACCUGGACGACGACGGGCUGACGCUGCACCCCGACGCCAUCCAGCAGCGGCUGCGGCAGAUGGAGGCGUGCCACCAGAAGGAGGUGGAGAGCCUGAAGAGGCAGAUGCAGGAGCUGCGCACGCGGCUGGAGAACCAGCAGCAGCACGGGGGCUGCCCGCGGCUCAACGGAGACCAGGGAGACGAAGGGACCUCCAUUAUGGACUCGGAGUACAACAUGGAUCCCAACUGCCUGUCGCGCUGCAGUACGGAGCUGCUGUCGGAGGCCAGCUGGGAGCAGGUGGACAAGACGGACGCGGAGGUGACCCGCUGGUACCCGGACCACCUCGCCGCCCAGUGCUACCGCUGUGAGAGCCGCUUCUGGCUGGCCAGCAGGAAGCAUCACUGCAGUGGAAGAGAGCCUGUCCAGGAGGUCUGGAACUGCGGUAACGUGUUCUGCGCCAGCUGCUGCGAUCAGAAGAUCCCCGUGCCAAGCCAGCAGCUGUUCGAGCCCAGCCGCGUGUGCAAGUCCUGCUAUGGCAACCUGACGCCCUGCCCCGGCAUGGGCCCCCGCCUGGCCCCGAGUCUGGGGCCCCUGGACGCGGAGCAGGACCAGGGCAUCACAGUCAGCUCCGACUAAAGCCCAACACCCCCGGGACUUACAGGGUGGGGGGGUGGCGGGGGGGUGGCGGGGGGGGCUGUGGGCCGGACGAAACACUAGGCUCUAUCCCUUUACCCCCCAGCCGGCGGUGCCGCUAUACUGCUGCGAGAGAGCACAGGAGCUACACAGAGUAUCCCAUGGAAGUGUGUGUGUGUGUGUCUGUGUGUACUACGGAUUGAAGUGUAUUUACAAGAGAGGAACGUGUACAGUAGAAGCUUGAUGAACUUUGAUGGGCAGCCGUCUCCUUGAGUGAGUGUGUUUGCCAUGCGUGUGUGUGUGUGUGUAUGUGUGUUAGCAGCAUAGCAGGCUGAGAGUGAGAGAGCGAUGGGAAAAUGCAAACAACUGAACAUGCAUAUUGCUGAGCAGGCCGGCGGUCUGUCGGACAGCACCUUAAGGCCCAGGAGUGCCUGCUCCCCCAGACGGGCUGCACUUUGACAUUGAGCCCGCCAGAAGAUCAUGGAAACCCCUGCAAUAAAUGUUACUUUGUUCUUACCCUUUCCCCCCUCUCCCAUCAGCCCCCCUCCGCCUCCCAGUAGCAGGUUCUCUGUCCAAACCAGUGACCCCUUUCUGUCCAACAACUGCAGAGUAUUUCACCCUCUUUUGCGCUUUAUCACCUCACGACACAUGAGGUCAUAAGAUGUUGAAUCCUGCCGUCAUGACACAAGCAUCUCUCUGGAAAGACCGGAACAGGAUGUCAGGCAUUCGUCCCCAACGGAGCUCCAUUGAACAAGUGCUCCGAGCUGAACCCACCACCAGUCCCCCCUCCAUCCCCAAGGGCUUCUUCCUCCUCCUCCUCCUCCUCCUCCUCCUCCUCCUCCUCCCAGAGUGGUGUAUGAUGAGGGGGGACCCGUCCUCUUGGUGACCUUCAUCAGAGAGCAGUGUUGUUGACCAUUGACAAUGUGGCCAUUGUUCUCCUGCCACGCUCAAGAGGACUGCACCACAGCCCCCCUCCCCUGGCCUCUCCUGUCUGCAACCACUUCAGCACCCCCCCGCCCUCGCUGGCGUCUCUCCCCAGCAGGUCCUGGGUGCUGGACAGCCUUGUGAAGACACCUGUUCCAGAGGACAGCCAGUCUUCAGCCGACACCACAAGCAAGGUCAUGUUGGGGCCCUGGCCUGCCACAGGCUGGACACCAUGGGAGGAUAUUGACGGAGAUACACACACAUAUAUUUUUUUUUUAUUAUUAUUUACUUAAGAGUAUGUUGGAAUUGAUAUUUGGGGUGGGGUAGGUGAUGGCAAACAUUGAAAAGAUGAAAGUGAAGGUGCUUAGGGGGGUUAAACGACACGGCUGGCCCCCAUGACCUUGGUUGCGCUGCCCUGUCGUCUGCGUUGUCAUUUCCGUCUUGGGGUUUCCCUGUGCGGAGAAGACCUUCCACACUCCUGCAGGACCACCGGCUAGCCUGCACCCUGCCUGCCUGCCAGCCCACUGCCCACCUCCUCACACACACACACACACACUUUGGUUUUGUAAAGCAAAUGAAUGAAUUAAAUAAUAUAUUCAGAGACGUAUAUAGCAUUUAAGAAAAAGGCUAAACAAAUGUAUAGAAUCCUUUUGAAUCGUGGCUCACUAAAAUUAGUCACCAAAAAAGUUUCUUGUUUUCCUUGAUUUUCUUUUUUUUUCUGGUCUAAUUUUCCUCUGUUCAUUACAACCAAAUCUAUAUUGUCAAGCUGUAGAAUUUUUCUCCUUUUUAAAUAGUUCACACUUGACACGUGUGCUGCGUUAAGUGCUAUUAGUUUUUCCUUGGAAAUGCAACGAUUUCUCUUUUCAUUAAUUAUUGUUUUAUUUUUAGCAUGAAGGGCCAUGGUGCUGCAGGUCCUUCAACCUUUAUUUUUGUUUGGAGAGGGCCGAGGCCAACAGAUGGAAUAAUCGCAUCUGUAUUCCAUCUAGAACUGACCAUCAGGCACAGUUUGGUAUGGUCAUCUGAAUUCGGCCAUAGUGCAGGCACAACACAUGUAGACUGAAUAUUUAUGGAGAGUAUAUGAGAGAUAUACAGUCAUGAGUGAGUCCAAUACCAGACCCUUCUCAGCUCAAGGACAGUCUGCGAAAAUUCUAACAAUCCAAACCUACCUGUGGAAGUGACACACACACACACACACACACACAGGCGUAGCUCAUGAUAUGCUUUGAAAUGCUGGUGAGAAAAUAAACACCCCAAAAGUGGUAUGCAGCAAGUAAAGCCAGCAGCCUGCACCUUAAACAACCAAACCUUCCUUCCCCUCGGCCGUAGUCUUACGCAGGGCUCCAUUAGGACAUCCACAUACAAACACUACCUCUAUUUUGUACACACAAGUAUAGCCUCCUUCACAUGACAAAAAGUCCAAACAUCGAUUCACAUUUAGUAGUUCUUUGGCGACAAUUUGCCGUGUUGAGAACAGCCUUGAUGGUCCUUUUCCGUAUCUUUGGGUUGGACAAGCUCGGCCGAAUCAUUAAUCAUCUCUUGCGCUGUGUGGUUGUGCGUGUGUGUGUGUGUGCGUUGCUGCUAAGGGUAAGACGAUCACUCCAGUUAUAACCCUGUCAGGGUUACUGGAGCCUUGUCAGAAAGGCUCAAUGUUUACUUGGUUUCCCUCUUCCCUUUUCCCUCUUCCCUCCUGUUCUGCAGGCUGUGAAUGGACAUCUCACAUCUCUAUUUGUGACGUUUAUCAAAACACAUGUGAAAGAAUUGUACAAAUACAAUCCGAACGUCGAUUUAGAGUCCUGCAAUCAUGAUGGAGGGUGUCCAUGUUUGGUCACCCUUCAAAACAAUCAAGUGUUAUGCUGGGAGGGAGACCAGAUCAUGCAGGUGUCGUCGACGUCGUCCCCCUCACUGCUCACAAAUGUUGUAAAGGCUUUGGCAGCUUCAAACCUAAUCAUGUCAGUCCCCCACCUCACCAUCGCACGAAUACACACACCAUUACACAUGCAUGGUGGGGGGUCCCUGCACACUUUGGAAACACACCAGGAAUGGGAAAUCUGAAAACCUUCAUUCAGUUCGCCCCCUUGACAACGUCUUGAGUGGAUGUACGAGAAAGAACUCUUCUGAGUAGAGGCAAAAACAGUGUCACCACAAGGCCAUUCCGUACCCCUAUUUGUUGCAAUAAGGGGGUUCUAAAUUGGAAAAAGGUAUCUGCGGAUCUGGUUGUUGGUCUUGGACACAGACAUUUCAUUGGGUGCUUUGUGAACAAGCAGUUAACCCGAGAAUAAAGUGACUUUGAAGCGAGUUUGCGUGAAUAUUUGAGUUGACCGUCUCUUAUUAGAGACCAGUGCCAAGCAGUGUUGCCAGAUUGGGCCCGAUUUUCCGACCAAUCUGGCAAGCAGUUUUAUUAGUUUCUCCCAAAGGGAUGAUGAUUUCCUAUACUUUCUCUGUUUUCCCCUUUUUUGUUGACGAUAAGCACUUUCAGUCUUUCCCCUGCCCUGUCUAGAGUUUUGAAGCUGUACAUAGCGUUUUCCUGCAACAAUUGCUACUUGUUAUGUCUGAAUCUUUUGAUUUUUGUUGAAUUACUUGGAGCAUAACAUUGUUGUAGUUUGAAGAACAACAAUAAAAUAGACAUUACCCGG